AUUAUUCACUUCCCAUUGUCGGCCGUACUUUAAAAAUCAGAAUUUGCCGAAAAGACCCCCGUUCGACGAGAGUGCGCUAGUUCUUAGCGUUCCAUUAUCUGUAAACAUGCACGGAUCAAUUGUAAUCGCGUUACUCAUCGCCAUUUUCUUCGGAAAUUCCGCGUCACGAAAGUGUGAGGAAAAAUGCAAGGAAUAUGCCGAUCUGGUCUACGAGACCGAAAACGUGCCGACUUUGCGCCUGAAUGCCGGCUCGAAACGAAUUUCUCGCUGCACCAUCGUCGAGACGCCUCUGAUCGUCGGCGGAGUCGCGGCGAAACCCGCAGAAUUCCCGCACAUGGCAGUGAUCGGUUACGGCAAGGAUGGCGACAUAUCCUGGCAAUGCGGAGGAAGCGUCAUCUCCGAGAGCUUCGUUUUGACGGCGGCGCACUGCAUGGAAUCUCCGGACAGAGGUCCCGCUGCCAAAGUGCGAGUCGGUUUGAACGACUUGACAACUCCGGACGAAACCAUGCAGGAGAGAGACAUCGCGGAAAGAAUUCAGCACCCAGAUUACGUGUUCACAAUACGAUAUCAUGAUAUAGCGUUACUCAAGCUCGAUCGACCGCUGGAAUUUAAUUCCCGAGUACGACCCGCAUGCCUCGAAGUAAACUUUCAAGUGCCCGGCAAAAUUGCCAUCGCUUCUGGAUUCGGAAAAACUUCCUACGAUUCUAACAAGGGCAGCAACGAACUGAUGAAAGUUCAGUUGAAUUACAUACCCGAAGACGACUGCAAGGAGGGAUACGCCGAGGAUAUCGGUACCAAACCGUUGCCACAGGGUUUGAUAUCGAGCCUGCUUUGCGCCGGCAUAAUGGAAGGCGGCAAAGACACCUGCCAGGGUGACAGCGGUGGUCCGUUGCAACGGGUUCUCGAGGAUCCUUACUGCAUGUACAGUAUCGUGGGUGUAACGAGCUUCGGCAAGUUUUGCGCUUUCAAAUCGAUGCCGGCUAUAUACACCAGAGUCCAGUCUUAUCUAGAUUGGAUCGAGAAUAUUGUCUGGCCGUGAAAAAAAGAGUAAAACUGUUUGUUUUUUGUUUUGAAUAAAUUUAUAAAAACAACGAGAGAAUCGACGUGUGAGAGAUAAUAUUAUCAAUAAAAUAAACAAAAACGCAUUCCCAUUAUAAACAUUAUUAUAACUUUUAUUGCAAAAAGAUAAUAAUCAUAUAUUGGUAUUUACAAUGUUAUUACCCAAACUUUGUAUAUACACAUACGACCCGAUACAAUAAUCACUGGAACUUAUUUGACGCACUGGAAAUGUAUCCUAAUUCAUUCACAAGAACAAAUACGAUAUAAUAUAUAUAUAUUUACAAUUAAUUUGUUAUCAUGCUGUAAAAAUAGGACAUAACAUUCGAUCCCUACGAUUGAGAUAAAAAGAGGAACAAAUAAAAACGAUGUCACAAACAUUUGUUAAUUAUCUAGUGUACAUUUUCACACUUUCUCGCACACUCUCGUAUACGUAUAUAUGUAUAUAUUAUAAAAUUAUUAUAAACAUUAAAAAAAUAUAUGUAUAGGGGGUAAGUGGAAAAUCAACAUGUAUGAAGGGAAAAUACGGUAAAUGAAAAAAGUUAACAAGAGUUCAAUCAACAGUGAGCGAUAAAAAAAAAAAAAACAUCUUAUGGUAAACAUCCGAGAAUUCUUACAAUUGUCCACUGAAAUAAGAUCCUUUCGUUGUGAGACGCGAUUAAAAUCUCCUUAAUACGCUUAUAAUUUACAUUUAUGUACGCGCGGUUUAAGUUUUUAUCAGUCUUAAAGCUCUCGAAAGAAAACAACACGCGUACAUACGCGGCCGCGAGGAUCUCACGCUGGGAUUAUUAUAGAGCGCAAAGUGGCUUCCUCUUGCUAUAAGACUAGCCGUUACCAUGUACAUUCCGCAAUAUUUGUUUGCAAAGUGCUUUUAAUUUUAGUUACUUCGUAAUUGUUUUAUGUGAUUAAUGGCUAUAUAACAUUUCUUGAAAAUGAGAGUGGAAGUUAUAUAAAAUGUGAUAUGCACUCUCUGAGCUAAAAUACCUACUGAUUCCGCGUGUGACACGAUAUGUAAAAAGAACCAGUAUUUCAAAUUCUAUAUAUACAAAAAACUUAACAAAACAGUCGACGUGCUAAAGAGAUAUAUUACACUUGUGCCCGCUUCAAGUUUAAUUCAUUUUUAAAGAUCUCUCCCUCGCUCUUUCUCUCUUUCUUUCUCGUGACGAUCAUACUAGUGUGAACCAUGUAGCAUGUGUCUAGAGACACGAUCGUAUCUCGCGCUUAUGUUUCUUCGCAAUCAAGUCGCGCGCUACAAUGAAUACUAGUACAUACUAAAAUAUAGUACAUACAUAUAUGCACAAAAUCGUCGUAGACUUGAUCAAAUGUCGCACUACUUAAACUUAUGAUAACUUGUUUUUUCACAUGAGUAACUUCAUUCACGGAAAUAAAACGUAAAAUCAUCUUCGUAAGAAUAUAAUACACAAAAGUAUACAUAUAUCUUCAUCAUCAAGUUCAACACACUCACGCAACCGUACAUUAACACUCGAUAUAUCUCUCUCGGCAAAAAAACCUAAGGUCUAAUAUAUAAAAAAGAGAAUCUAAAAAGAAACGUGGAAAACUAAUUUAAUGAAGAAAAGACACAUCGAAGGUCAAAACAACAACAAACAAAAAAAAAAAAAUCAUCCCGUUACCAGGUAAAGAAGACGUGAUGCGAGAAUACGGAGCUCUGUCGUUUACUCGCUUCGAAAGAACAGAUCGAAAAAUUUCCCAUCGGCAGAGAAAGCAAACGUCGAUGUUCGGCGAUGCGGGGGAGACGCAACAAUAACGUCUAUAAAUCAUUAGUUACAGCCCUCUCGCGCACAGGCGGAUGUUUCUCCCGGCGGCAGUUUCUACAAUUUAGAUUGGGCGCGAAAGCAAUGUCGCCUCUGGUUGGCGCGCGUUCUGUCGUUCCUGAAAGCAAAACUCAAAUUUCUAAGCAGUUGAAUGUUGCUUUCGUUUUCACGCGAAAGUUAGACUAACAGAAACAAGUACAUAACAACACAUCACACCGUUUCGUACACACACCGGAAAAACAUGCAUUCGUUUUCUACUGAGAAACUCUACGAGAAAGAAACAGUUUCAGAAGGAUUUUCAACGAAGUAUCAACAUUGUGAAAAAGCACUGCGGAAGAAAAACCAUUAAAAUAGUGGAUUACAAAGAGUCAACUCCUCUACGUGAAAGCUUGCUGGAUAUAUGCAAGAUAUAAAAAAAAAAAAAAAAAAA